CAUAUAAAUACGUCUCCAUGGACGUCUAACAUCCAUAACAUUUCUUCAAACAAACCCCUAGUUAUAGAAAAAAGAAGAAGAAAAUAUUUAAAAUAAAGUAAUGGCCAUAAAGAGGUCAACUCAAGCAGCAUCGAUCAAGCAAAUCCUAAAGAGGUGCUCAAGUCUAGGGAAGAAGAAGAACGUCAACGGUUGCUACUAUAAUCAAGAAGAUGAUAGUUUUCCACAAGACGUGCCAAAAGGUCAUUUUCCGGUUUACGUUGGACCGGACCGAAGUCGGUACAUCGUUCCCAUCUCGUGGCUCGGAAACUCUGAGUUUCAAACGUUGCUCCGACUAGCCGAGGAAGAGUUUGGUUUUGAACACAAUAUGGGUCUAAUCAUACCCUGUGAUGAAGUGUUCUUCAAGUCUCUCAUCUCCAUGUUCAGAUAAAAUUCGAUCGAAAUCCAAGUAAUCUGAUUAAUAGCUACGGGAUGUGUUUUUUGGAAUGAUCAUAAGAAGAAUCAACCCGAUUGUUUUUUUUUCUUUGCAAGACUUUGUAAUAGUUGGGAUUGGGUA